AUGCAGCCUUCUAGGUCACCGGAGCGAAGUACAGGCCGGAUACGCAAGACUUCUCUGAGCAGCAGUAGUGCAGCAAUCGCAAGUAGAUCACCUAAAAGCACUUCUCGUUCUACACACGUAGGAAGUACAGCUGGAAUAUCUUCUUCAAGUGCGGCUUUAAGCUCAGCAAGGAGAGCGCAAUAUGGUGGUGGUGAUGAUAGACUGGUGCUGGAUAUUGGUGCAAGAGUGACAAAGAUUGGACACAGUAAUGAAGCCAGGCCAAGAUCGAUUAUUUGGUCUCUCAGAAAUGCAACGCCAACAGAAAGAGCGAUAGAUAGCUCAUGUGGUGGCAUGCUUUGGAGUGCAGAUAUCGCAAGAUGCAAAGAUGAUACAAAUAGAAAAGUUGUCGAAUAUAAGCUAAGAGGUCGGCUAAAGUUCCUCUUGCGCAACUUGUUCUACCAGAUCUUAACACAAGAUCCAAAAGAUCGAAAGAUCACAAUCGUCCACAAUGCAUUCAUGCCCACGAUUGUACAAGAGGUAUUGCAAGAGGUGCUCUUUUCAAACCUACGUGUUGCAUCGGUUUCGUUUGUUCCAUCGCAUUUGAUGAGCGCUAUUGCAAUCGGAAGAAGUUGCACACUGGUAAUCGAUAUGGGAUACGAACAAGCAUCAAUGAUACCGAUCCAUUUAUGGAGACCUUUGACGCAUCGUUAUACACUCGUCUCACCAAAAGCUGCCCGGCGUGUCAGUCAGAGAUUACGAGCAUUGCUUUUGCAUUUUGCUGCAUAUACGCCGCCCCUUUCAUCAAAUAGCACAACAGGAAGCUCGUUUUCCGCAACGAUACACUCAAGCGCUUCUACCCCUCGUUCAGGUCAAACAAAGAUACCCGCAGACUUGCUCGAUGACGACUUCCUUGAUGAGAUCAAAGCAGAAGUGCUGACUGUAGGUCCUGUCUUGGAGCAUGAGAAUGUGAGUAAAGCACACACGACAAGGGACACUCAAUGGAAAUCUAGACAACCAUUCUCAACAAUCCCUGAAGAGGAUGAUCUGGAAUGGAUGGAAGUGCUGCGGAAACGAUACAGUGGAGAGAAAUGCACAACUGUCGAUAUCAGCAUUGAAGUUCCGCCUGAGCCUUCACCGCCUUUGACAGCUGCCACACAACCGGCCACUCUGUUUUACUCUGCACAUCCACAACCUACCCAUCAGGGUAGAGGCCGAAUACGGAUUCCAGGUUGGGUACGUGAACGUGCGAUAGAUGUAUUGUUCGAACAAGGCGAUGAUGAUGAGCUCAGUCUGACAGAGAUGGUAUUAGAUGCUUUGCUAAAAUUGCCUAUCGAUACUAGACAAGUGAUGGCAAAUAAUAUCUACCUCACAGGUGGAACAGCGAUGAUUCCUGGACUGGCACAUAGACUAAGGCUGGAAUUGAUCGCUACGUUGCGUUCGGCUGAAGUGCAAGCCAUUCAGAAUAGCAUCUCACUUAUCUCGCUGGAUCGUCCUACCAAUGGUGCUCGCAUAAGUAAAGUUGGUUACGUUCCGAUUGUGUCACUCGCACAGCAUAUCGCUGUUGUCAAUGAUCAUGCACCAAGGCUGGAUACUAAAGGCAGAUCCAUCAGUGGAAAAGCGCCUUCUUUUCCUGUCAAUCUGGUCGCAUGGACAGGAGCAAGUUUGAUCAAUUCUCUUCGUAUCGAUUCCACGACCCAAAUUCUUCGCGAGGAAUAUGAAGAGAUUCAAACAGAGCUUACUCGAAGGCGUAAAGAAGUUGAAGGUGAACAAAUCACGUUUGAUGACAAACGACCGGGUCUGGGAAUGAAACGUGCUAGUUUCUUAGGAAGCGUUUCAGGCUUGGAUUUGGGAACUUUUGGACCGUUGUCAGGUGCACGUAAUAAGUUUUCUGCCGGUCCGUCUGGAUCAGCCUCUCAUCCACUUUCGCCAACAAGCUCCAAAGGGCCGCCCGAAUAA